CAGAGGGGGAAACCUUUGGAGAUGAAUCUAUACAGGAGCUUCGGGAACCUUAUGGAGGCUUGGGUAACUGAGGGAAACCUGUGUUCUGACCCAGAAUGGCUUGGAAAUCAUGAUGAAGACUCUGCUGCAUCUUCAACUGACAUGGGGACAAAUCUGCGCUCUGAAUCGGUGGACUCUGGAGUGGAGACACCCAGCUCUGACACAUCUUUUCCUGCUACAUCCUGCAUCUCCACAGAUAAUGCAGAAAUAGACACAUUUACUCAGACUUCAACAUCCCAGUCUCCUUUGCUCUCCUCUUCUGUGCCUCCCUUUUCUUCCUCUUCCUCCCCGCACAUCUGUCCCAGCAGAGCCCAGGAAGGAUCUACAGCCUUGCACCUAAAAGUGGAGCAAACCCUCCAGAGGGCUGACUGUGAACGACUAAAGGACAACCCAGAGCCUGUUACAGUUGACGAGGUGCUCAGGCGGCAGCCUCGAACAUCUUUUCUAUCAAAACGGCACACAUCGAACUUGGUGAGAGGUCAGAGGUCACAGAGUUUAGGCCCAAGGAGGACAGUCAACCCAUCAGUGCCAGUCAGGCAGAUGUCAGAAAUUCACAGACGGCCGCUGUCUUUGAGUUGUGGCAAGCAGGCAGCUCAGACAAGAUCAGAGGACCUUGGUGAGGAGGUGAGGACAGCAUUGAGUCCUGGGCUCAACUACUUGGAGCAGGUAUGCCAAAUGUUGGAGGAAAUUGCCAGGCAACAGAUGCACAACCGUGCUUUACAGAUGGAGAUGGAUGCCCUGCAGGAACAUCAAGACACACAGGCUCCUGACACCUGUCAGGGUGUCUCUAAAGCCCUCGAAGAAAACAUCUCCUCCUGUCAAACUCUUGAGAAUGAAGGUGACGAGCAAGUUUCCUGUGAACCCCAUCAACAGAAAGAUUAUCCUUACAGAAAUUUUCGUCAGAGAUCAGCUUCAUACACGUCUAUUGAAACACUGCAUUCAAGUGAGUCAUCUUCCACCCGUCUUUCCAUUCUCAGCUUAUGUUUUUGUAUAUUUAUUUUAUUUUAUAUGGGCAUGGAUUGGCAGGAUGUUCUUGUGUUUAGCUAUAUUAUUGUGUGUGUGCUUGGUGCAGGGAAAUUGAAAGCAGACUGCAAAGGGCAACACCUGAGUACAGAUGACCUGCUGAAAAAGACAGAGGAAGACGGUGAAAAGCAGGAGUGUAAAAAGGGAGAGACGAAUAAAACGAACAAGAACUGGAGGUUAAAAAUUGGGUCUUUGAGAAGAGAUGAUUCUGGUUUGAAAGAUACAAAGAGCCAACAGAUGCAGUCAUCUGAGAAAAACUCCACCCGGCGACGGUUGAGCAAGCUGUUCAGGAGACGAAGGAAAACUCUGCCUGCAUGAAUGGACCACACUGUAUUUCUUGUGAUGUUUGGACAUUUUGGUUUCAGUUCUGAAGAGGAGAAAACUCUCUUUUAAAUAGGCGAAGCACUCUCACUGCUUUCAUGCUGACUUCCUAUUCAGCCUGUGUGAUGUAUCAAAUCUGCCAUGUUUAUUUAUUGUCAGCUGUGCAUUUGCAAUCUUUUAUUUAUACUGAUAAAGUAUGUUACUUUCUAAAAUACUCUGACAGGGAAUGAAAUAAACGUAUAGUUUCUCUGUAAUUUGUAAUUAAUAGCAGUGCAAAGCUUGAUUAAAAAACUUCAAACUGGUAUCUGUAUUUUUUCCUGGUCAAAGCUGCGAGUUUGUAAAGAAGACAGUAUUACAAGUCAAAUAAAAUAAAAUGUCAAAAUAUAGCAUUGCAAGUUUCCAGAGCUGAGUGUGGAAAGUCUUCAAGUUGCUUGUUUUGUUUAACCAACAAUACAAAAUCCAAAAGAUAUUCAAUUUAUAAUCAUACAAAAGCAGUUACACAUUUUAGAAACUGGAAUGAAUGUUGCUUGAUAAAUAACCUAAACUGUUGAUUAUUUAUAAAAAUUUUCAGUUGAUUGACCCUACCUAAAUGAAAGUAACCCUCGGUGUUUGAAGCAUUAAAGGAACAGUGUGUAGGAUUUAGUGGCAUCUAGUGGUGAGGUUGCAGAUUACAAUCAACUGAAUAUCCCUUCCCUCCCCCUUCCAAGGAUGUAGGAGAACCUAUGGUGGCCACGAAACUCAUGAAAAAUGUUAAAGGCCCUCUCUAGAGAAAGUGUUUGGUUUGUUCAUUCUGGGCUGCUGUAAAAACAUGGCGAUGCAACAUGGCG